AUGCUGUCGUGUGUCUCAUUAAAUUCUAAAGACAGUUUAGAAGAGUUUCUAUAAUUGUAUCAGUGUAAAGAUUCAAAGAAAAAAACUAUUUUGAAAAGAGAACGAGAAAUUGUUCAAUACUUAAAAGGUCUAGGUCUUUAAAUGAAAACUGACCCAUUAUCCAAACUAUAACGUAUUGCUAAGUAAAUCAUCCAUACAAAAUAGUUUUGCAAUUUAAAAUGAUAUAUCACCUGAUUCAAAUGAUGAAAUUGUCCUAGAGAGAAAAUAAUUGAAUGAUGAUGACAAUGAAUUUAACAUUUCUAAUAAUCCUUUACUUAAAAGAGGUAGUCGAAAAAUUAUACGUACCUUCUCUUUUGAAGAUAAGGAUUAAAUACUAAAUGAAGAUAUUGAAUCACAUCAUUUUGACUGA